CAUCCUUUCAUUUCAACCCUUAUUUUCCCCUCUUAUUUUCAUACUAUAUAACAAUAAUAUUUCCUUUCUUCCUUACUUCAUUCACAGUUUUCUCUCUGUUCCUCCAUUUCUAAUCAUAUUCAACAAUGGAAUUAAUGUCGCUAACACCACCAUGGCUUGAACGAUUAUUAUCGACAAAAUUCUUCUCUCCCUGCAAAGCUCAUUUCAACGCACCGCGAAACGAAUGUAACAUGUAUUGUCUCGAUUGUAAGGAAUCAUUCUGUUUUUAUUGCAAACAGUCAUGGCAUAACGAUCAUCAAGUAAUUCAAAUAAGAAGAUCGUCUUAUCACGACGUUGUGAGGGUGGCUGAGAUUCAGAAGGUAUUGGAUAUUAGUGGAGUUCAAACAUAUGUGAUUAACAGUGCUAGAGUGAUUUUUAUUAAUGAGAGGCCACAAAAUCAGAUUAAGACUACUAAUGCUGUUAUUAGUGCAAGUAAAACCAAUUCACAUUUGUGUGAAAUUUGCACUAGAUAUCUAUUGGACCCUUUUCGUUUCUGUUCUUUGGGUUGCAAGCUUGUAGGAAUAAAGAAAAAUGGGAAUGCAAGCUUUAUCUUAAGCACAAAGAAAGAGGAAGAAAUAGGGAAAAUGCAGGAAAGAAGGUUGCUAUCAAAGGAAGAAGACGAAGAAAUAUUAAUAAUGCGUGAAGGAAUCCACAAACAACAAGUAUACAAAAGCACGUUUUCUCCUUAUUCAUCUCAACAAGCUUAUUCAAAUUCAAGGAGAAGAAAGGGAAUACCUCAUAGGGCACCUUUAGGACCUUAAUUAUUUAAGUAAAUUAAAUAUUCAAAAAUAUUAAUAUUCAUAUGUUAUUAUAAGUUUUUUUUGGGAUAUAUAUUAUGGUUUCAUGAUUAGUUUUACAA